AUGGGCCCCACCGAAGGUGACGGUGGGCUUGGCGCGCGUGCCGAUGCGCAGGGUGCGGCGCACGACGUGCCUGCGGAUUUUGAGUACACAUUUGACGUGGAGCAGGAUACGGACUGUGUUGAGAAUGAGCUGGACGAGUUUUAUGCGUACGUCGAAGCGCCGCUGUUUGUGGAAAACUACGAGCGCUGGAUGGCGUGGUGCACACAAAAAUGGGCGCAGCUCAACGUGCGCACGCAAGAUGGCCAGUCUGCCGAGCCUGGCGCAUGGGCGGCAUUGGCGCCGCGGACGCGGAGGCAAAUUUUGCAGCGCCUCGUGUCGUCAUUGGACUUGAGCGAUGCGUCGUCGCGACUCGAUGCGUCGCGCGCGCUUUUAUACCACCUGCAAGGCUCGUACAAUGCUGCAUGCAGUGAAGCAGAACAGCUGCAGUGGAUCAAGGAGAAUGCAGGCACAGUGUUUGAUCUCGGCGGUGUGGACGAUAUCUAUGCUGCGCUCAAACGCGCGUGCUGGAAGUUUGGAUGGUUCAGCGCCCUGCCCGACUACAUGCCUGGGCAAGAAGAAGGGAAAGAGCCGCUGCUUACCCCCAACGUCAAGACCGAGUAUUUGGAAGAAAUCAAUGUGGAAAUCACGAUUUGUUUUGCGCUGCUCUACUCCAUCCUGCAAGUGAUGCACGGGAAUUUUGACCUGAGCGACGCGCUCAUGGCGCUCGAUCCUCCAUUGCCCGUGUACAUGUAUACCUUGGUCGCGAAUCUGCGUGAGAAGAGCAUCAAAGGGUUUCCUGUAAAGAAAAUGGUGCUGCUAUUGUGGAAAUCGCUGCUUGCCACGCUCGGUGGUGCUGGCGAUAUUGCGCGGUGCAAGCGUCUCGCACGCGAGCGCGACGGGCUCGGCGCGAUGCAAAAGACAGAGCAGCGCACACCUGCCACACCGGACGACAUACGCCUGUUCCGCCAAGAGCUUUCGGCCAAAUACCCCACACUUGUUCUUCCCCACGGCAUGCGCCGCAUUGUGGGCGCAGAGCAGCUUGCGCAAGCGACACAGCCCUUGCCCAUGGCGCACGAAAAGCCCGACAAAGACAUGGUGCUUCCAGAGAUGCACAAUACCGAGCGCACUGCCUUUACGCUCAACACGCAAAUGCGCACCAACAAGCAAAAGUUCCAAACGGACCAGCGGCGCCCAUUUGUGCUGCCCUACUCGGCGCAGAUGCACCAGGGCACUACGGUCCCAGAGAGCAUCCAAGAAGCCCUUGGUCUUUUCCAGGAGCACUUGCACAUCGACACUGCGGUGUGGCAGACGUGUACGGUGCGCGAGGAAUACCUUGCGAGGCUGCAAGGCGCGGAGGAUGUGCCUGGAUGUGCCGAGGCGCAAAAAGAGCGCGGGCGUGCCAAGGCAACCCAGGCCCUCGACACCAUCCUCGCCGAGAUGCAUCUUUCCUCGUCGCCGAGCAGCGCUACUGCGCAGCGUGCCCAAGAUACCAAACGAUUGCAAUGGGUAGAUACGCUCUACGGUGCGAUCCUUCCUGAGCUGCAAAGCGCCGUGAUUGUGCUUUUGAAGCUGAUCCUUGCGACCACAACGUCUGGCGGCACAAACAGCGCAUAUACGCGCGCGGUUGCCGAAGGAGUCCCUUCGGAAAAAGCGCCGGACCCCACGCUGGAAGACAUGGAUAUCGUGCGGCACCGCGAAAUUUUCAACAAAGGAAUCAGCUCUGUGCUUCUUCUCACGCUGCGGUGGUUCAAAGCGAGCCACGCACUGAAAUACGAGUACCUUGCCCAGGUCAUGCUCGACUCUAACGUCCUUCUCCUCAUUUUGAAAAUCUUUGGGCUCCAGGAAGUGAGCCAAUUUGUGCGCUGGCGGAGCGAGGUGCCUGAAUUCGGCAUGUUUUCCUUUUGCCGCAUGGUGCAUGUGGACAAUGUGCCGCCAGCGUCACCACACGACAUCCUUGCAAACGCAACGUUGCGGCUUGGGGAUGUAUGGAGCGAGUACAAGGAUGUGGACCGGAUCACACAUGGCCAGAGCAUCGCUGGCCCCCACCCCCACGAAACGGCCUACUCCUGGCGCAACUUUGCCACGACUUUCCGCCUCACCCAGAUCCUGCACAAGGUCACGAAGCGCAAAGUGCACCGGAUCCUCUUGCUCGUCCAGUACAAGAGCUCGGCGAUUUUGAAGCGCACGCUGAAAAUCAAGCACCGCCGGCUGCACCAAUACGUUUUGCGGCUGAUCAAGAGCCAAGUGCCGUACUGCGGGCGCAAAUGGCGCCAGUCGAACAUGCGCACCAUCACCCAAAUCUAUCUCUUGUGCAAGCCCGUGCUGCGCGACGACUGGCUCGGCAGCGGCGACGUCGACGCAGAGAUCGAUUCAUCGCUGCCCGCGGAGCAAACCCUGCGCACCUUGAUCCAGUUUUACAACCAGGCAUAUUUCUCCGUGCGCACGUCGAUUGCGGGGGCGAGCGGAAUUGCAGAGGAGGCGGAGAGCAGUGCGCUUGCUGCAGACGCUGCAGCGAAGCAGUCUGCCCGUACGGAGCGCACGCUGGGCGCAGGUCACGAUUCUGCCUCGGUGAUUUUCGAGCGUGAUGCGUUUCCGCUGCGCAGCCAUGCCGGCGCCUCCAGCACGCCCGGGCGCUACAUUUCCGCCAUUCCGCUGGAGGGGUAUUUGGAUGCGUACGAGGAUGUAUUUAGCGAAAUGUUCGGCGAAAUUGGCGACGCACUGGACAUGCUUACGCAGGAGUCGCCUCUGAGCCACGGCCAAGACGACGGCACGGACAAUGCACAAGGCGACGGCGGAUCGGACGGCGCUAUGCACGGCGACGAGAACUGCAAUAACUGGGAGCACAUGAGCCCUAGAGAAAUGCAGCUCCUUCUCUCCCCGAGCGGCGAGCGUGUACACAGCCGCCCAUCUUCGCGCUCGAACUCCAUGUCGCACGAGCGGCGCGUAAAUUCGAACCCCGCGCAAGGGCGCCCCUUGCUGCACUGGAACAUGGAAGAUUUGGUCGAGGACGCGAUCGAGAACAGUGAGGCGACCGCAGCGCGCCCCGCGACGCCGCUGCAGCCCGUUCCCGCGGCACCGCGCACGCCGCCGCAGCCGGGCGGGAUUGAUGAAGUAGAACACUUGUUCGGUGCAUAG